CCGGAGCGGAGGUGGGAGCUCCCCGGGCCGGGCCGGGCCGGGGGCCAGGGCAGCGAUGUGGGGCGCCCGGGUGGCUUCUGUGCCGCGGUGGUGCCGGGCCCUGCGCAGCUCCGCAGCCCUGGGCGGCUCCAGGAACUUGCUGCGGAAAAUGCUCCGCAAGAAUAAAAAGAAGUUCUGGUAUGACAGCCCUGCCCUGGGAUCACAAACGUUGUAUAAACCAAGCAAGUUGGACGUUUUAGUGAAAAAUGACUUUACAAAAACAAGGAAAGAAGACAGUGUGCGCUGCAGAGUUUUGAAUGGUCUUAUUCAUAAAGCUGUGUUAGAAAUGGCGACUACCUGUGAAGUCAGUCAAGAAUUUUAUGAUCUCAAGCUGGAAAUUUGCAAGGUGUCCCUGUCAUCCAACUUUUCAGCGUGCCGUGUGUACUGGAACCCUGCUUCCACUAUGGAGAAGGACAGUUACGUUGAAAGUGUGCUGCGAAAGAGCGCUCCACGGAUACGGUACUGCUGUGGGAUAGACAGGUAUCUUCUGAAGAGUCAGCAGAUUGUAGGAAAUGUACCCCCAGUCAUAUUUAUAAAAGACAAAGAAGCUGCAGCUGUAAAAGAGGUCGAGGACUUACUGGCAAUUGCUGAUUUUGGACCUCCUGAAGAAGAAGAAUCAUCUCAAAAUGAUUCAAGUAAACUCUUCCCUUCAACAACUCAAUCUUCGGAUUCACCCAUGCGGACUAAUUUGUUUGGUGUUGAUCAUGAACUGCUGAAUAAACAGAUAAUGGACUAUAAAAAAAUGAAAGCAUCAAGACAUAUAGAAAACAUUGUCUGGACAGAGAAGCAGCAGCAGCAGCUUUCUAAGAUUCAAAAGAAAAUGAAAAAGAAAAAAGCAAGGAAUCCUCCUGACGAUGACGACAUUAUGCCACAGAAAUACUUACUGGACAGAUAUGAAGCUGAUUACUGGGAUGAUAACACUGAAUCAGCCUCAGACUAUGAGCUGCAGGAUGAAUUACAGGAAGAGGUGAAUGAAUUGGAUGUGGAUGAUGACAAAACUUUAACUCAGCCUACUGGUAAAGGGAAAUGAAGUGAAAAAGCCAUUCCCUUCAAAAUGAAGGCUGCCAAUAACAAAAAAAAAAAAAAAAAAGACUGCCAUAGCUUCUGAAAGAUUAAUUUUGUAUGUGUUUACCACUUCCUCAUUCAAGCUAAUAGAUUUGCCUUAUGUGAGCAGGUUUGCUAGCACAAAGUAUGUAAGAAAAUCUGCCAUUACUGACAUUCUCUUAAGCAGCUUUCAAGCUGCUGCAGUUGAAGGACUUUCAACCUGAGAGUAGUUUUUUAAUGAUAAAAUAUACCUAUUGGAGCACCGAGUUAAAACUUCUUGCAGCUGUGUGGAUUAUUUCCAAUAAAAUUAUGGUUUCUAUAUUGC